AUGCCGCAAACGGAGCUUUUUUGGGCCUUGCUCUUCAAUUCCCACCCGCUGGAAGAGUUGAAGAAGGUGAAUCUGGAAGGAUUCAAUUGGAGCGGUCUCUCGGAAGAUGGAGAGACAUUGUUGGUGGCUUAUAUUAGAAACGUGCUUUACAGCACCUCAAAAUUUGAAGGUGCACUCAACACCAUCGAAUGGCUGAUAUGUUCAGGGGCAAGCAUUGAGCAAAAAUGCACUGGUGGAGGACAGGCGGAGUACUGGCCUGACAAACCAAAAGCGGCAAAGAUCCGGCUUGAGUGCAAAGGUCUCAGUGCAAUUUCAUUUGUGCAGGCAUUGCAGUGGAAGAUGUGGGACAAUUCCGAGUGGAGAGUCCAAGAAGCUUUUCUCACAAAGGUCCUCUCCUGCUUUGUGAAUGCCUCCAGCCGAAGCGCUUCCAUACCUCGAGUGUCGGUCCCCGAGGGCAUUGCAGAGUUGUGGGAAAAGUCGUUGGCGGCAAAGGAUUCUCAUGACUUGACAAUCGAAACUGCUGAUGGGCUCGUGACCGCUCAUGCUCACUUUCUCAAAACAGCAUCCUCCGUGGUCGCAGCGAUGUUGGAAUCACCCAUGAAGGAAGGGAAAGCUCAACGAAUUGAGAUCAAGGACACGUCCAGCAAAGCCGCGUCACUCUUCCUGGAGAUUUUGUACACCUGUUCAGUGCAAGACGAGCUCGCCCACGAAACUGCCUUGGAGACAUUGGACUUGGCCCAUCGCUGGCAAGCUGAGGUGGUGGUCGUGGUCUUGACCGAUCUACUGGCAGGUAUGAUCACGUAUGAGACCUUCGGAUCUAUCGGGGAGCAAGCCGUCCUCAAGGGCCUUGAAAGAUUGAAAGCCGCAGCCCAACGCUUUGGGGUCCAAUCCAAGAAGGUGCAGGCUGACCUGAAAGCUGGCCGCCUCUCUCCUACUGUGGCGCAGCUGUUCCCUGCAUCGAAACCAUCGAAGCCCAGUGAACCGAAACCCAAGCGCCGCCGUGUGUGA